GCAAAACCACCUCUGUUUUCCCUGCUGUCCAGAAAUCCCCUGUUUUCCGAACUCGAGCUCCAUUCUGCUUGUAACUUGCUCCUUCACCAACUGAACCACCUCUGAUUUCAUUGAUUUCCUGAAAUCCCUUGUUUUCCAAACCUGAGCUCCAUUCUAGCUGUAGCUUGCUCCUUCAUCAACCAAUCCAUCUCUGUUUUCCCCUGUUUUUCAAGCAUUUCAUCAACCGAACCACCUCCGUUUUCCCCUUUCCAGAAAUCCCCUGUUUUCCAAAACUUAGUUCCAUUCUACAUGUAAGUUGAUCUUCAUCUGCCAUACCACCUCCUUUUCCCUGUUUCCCCCAAACUUCUGCUCCAUCUCACUCGCAAUUUGCUUAUUCUUCAACCAAUACCACCUCUGUUAUCCCCUGUUUUCUAGAAAAAAAAUCCCCUGUUUCUAUUCUCUCCCACUUUGUUUAUCUUCCUCUGCUCUAUCUGCAUCCCCUGUUAUUUUACCUCACCUUAUUCCUUCGUAGAAAUGGGAGUUCACAGCUCUUCCUUUCUGGGUUUUCUGAUCGCAGCGGCGGUGCUGCUCGCCGCUGUGAGCUGCAAUACUACUGUCCUCCACCUGGAGAAGACACCGUCAGCGAGCUUUGAGCGACACGUAGCACAGGAUCGAGCCAGGCACGCCCGUCUGUUUGACGGCGUCGCCAACUUCCCUGUCUACGGCUCUGCCGAUCCGGACCUGUACGGGAUUUACUACACAAAAGUCAAGCUGGGGUCUCCACCUCAGGAGUUCAGCGUGCAGAUAGAUACAGGCAGUGAUCUACUCUGGGUGAACGCAAAAUCUUGUGCUAACUGCCCACGGUCGAGCAGUUUCGGGAUUGGCCUCAGGUUUUUCGAUGCUGCUGCAUCUUCCACCGCCAAGGCUGUCCCAUGUCCCAGUAAAACUUGUCCAGAUCAGUGUACAGAGAAUGGGCAAUGUAGCUACACAAUAAAGUAUGAAGAUCGUAGUGUGACCUAUGGAGUCUAUAUGGUGGAUAGGAUCGGUUUGGACUUCAUUCGGCCGGACUCAACCAUAGGCACCUCCUCAGCAGCUAUCGGAUUUGGUGUAAGCACCUACCAGUCUGGCACGCUAGGUGACUCGGCCCUCGCUGUUGAUGGGAUCUUUGGACUUGGCCGAGGACCUCUUUCACCCAUCUCACAGUUAGCUUCCAGAGGAGUGAUACCGCCAGUAUUCUCUCAUUGCUUUAAAGGAGAGGGCCUUGGCGGUGGUACUUUUGUUCUGGGAGAGAUAUCUGAGCCGGGGAUGGUUUACACUCCCCUUGUCUCAGCACAGCCUCACUAUAAUCUAUAUCUGCAAAGCAUUGCAGUGAAUGGAGAGCUGUUGCCCGUCGAUCCAGCAGUCUUCGCAACCUCCACUGGACGUGGAACGUUUGUGGACAGUGGGACAACCCUGGCAUACCUGGUGGAAGAAGCAUAUGAACCAUUCAUAAGCGCUGUCACUGCUGUGGUCUCACCGUCCGCGACUACUAAAAUAAUUGGCGGACAGCAGUGUUACUUGCUGAGUUCCAGUGUAUCUCAAGUCUUUCCUGUGGUGAGCUUGAAUUUCGCCAACAACGCUUCUCUAAUAUUAAAACCAGCCGACUACCUUUAUGAAUUUGUUGGCGAUGCACGUGGGACGUGGUGCCUAGGCUUUCUGAAGAAGCCAGGGCUGACCAUCUUAGGAGAUCUUGCUCUGAAAAACAAGAUCUUUGUUUACGAUCUGUUUCGGCAACAGAUUGGAUGGACGACUAACUACGAUUGCUUGAAGGCAGCACAUGUUUCUGUUCCCAAACAACGAAGCUCAAGCUCUUCUUCCAGAGACAUGUUGAUGCUGUUGAUGUUGCUUCCUCAAGCAAUUAUCAUUCUGUUCUUACAACUAUCAUAGUAGUUUAGAUAUCUUAGUCCCUGUCCCUGUAUCUAUACAUUCUUCGAAUGAUAUGAUCAAUGAUUCUUGGCAGAGUGUAGAAGAAACAAAAAGAAAAAGCCUUGUAUGAUUGAUUUUCUUACAGAAACUCCACUGCAAACUUGCCAAAUCGGCAAGUCGACUCUCCAAAACUUGAAUUCAGCACAUCACUGUCUGUGACACUAAAAAUUCUCUACCCUUUGGCCUUGGCCACUCUUCC